AUGACCAAGCCCAAGAGUCUCUUGCAGAAUUUGAUGAAGCCCUUCAAGUUGGGUUCUAGAAAAGGCGGAGAGAAUGAAGAGGAUUUGGAGAAGAUUGCUGCUCAAGAGCAGAAGCAUUUUGCAUUUGAGACCUUAGUUUCAGCUACCAAAGAUUUCCACCCAUCAAAUAAGCUUGGUGAAGGUGGGUUUGGACCCGUCUACAAGGGAAAGCUGGAUGACGGUAGGGAGAUUGCAGUGAAGAGGUUGUCCCAUAGCUCUAGGCAAGGGAAAAACGAGUUCACUACGGAAGCAAAAUUGUUGGCUCGGGUACAACAUCGUAAUGUUGUGAGCUUGUUAGGCUAUUGUGUGCAUGAUAUGGAGAAGCUACUAGUUUAUGAGUACGUUGUAAAUGAAAGCCUCGACAAGCUUCUUUUCAAAUCCAAUAGUAAAGCACAUCUUGAUUGGAGGCAAAGGUUUGACAUAAUCAUGGGAAUCGCACGGGGCUUGCAGUACCUCCAUGAGGACUCGCACAAUGUCAUCAUCCAUAGAGACAUCAAAGCUAGUAACAUUUUGCUCGACGACAGAUGGGUACCUAAGAUUGCCGACUUUGGGAUGGCCCGCCUCUUCCCUGAAGAUCAAACACACAUCAACACCCGUGUAGUUGGUACCAAUGGUUAUAUGGCUCCUGAGUAUGUCAUCCAUGGAUGUCUAUCAGUGAAGGCUGAUGUAUACAGCUUUGGUGUUUUGGUCCUAGAGCUGAUCAGCGGGCAGAAGAAUUCAGCAUUUAUCAAUGCUGAUUAUAUCAAUCUACUGGAUUGGGCAUACAAGCUCUAUAAAGAAGGAAAGACCAUGGAGAUUAUGGACCCAACUUUAGCUACAUCAGCAGCAGCUGAACUGGUAAAGACUUGCAUACACAUAGGACUACUCUGCACUCAAGGGGAACCCAACUCGAGGCCCACAAUGAGACAGAUAGUUCUUUGGCUAUGCAAGAAACCUGGCCACUUGGAAGAACCAACUAGGCCAGUAGUCCCUGGUUCACGGUACAGAAGAUCUCGCCGGCCAAGGACAGGAACAUCUUCAACUGCUGGAACAUCUUCUGGUCAUUUUGAUUCUCGUGGAUCAGAUUCGAGCACAAGCAGUAGUAAUACGAAUACAGUGACUGCCUCAGCGUCCGUAUCAGCUUCAGCUCAGUCUAGCACAAGAGUAGAUCCUUAUGGGAAACGACCUGUGUCGAGUUAA